AUGAGGCUCUGGACCUGGGGCACUAGUAUCUUCCUAAGGCUUUGGGGGAUAUAUGUGUUUCCAGGAAGUACUGGCUGGCUGGACUUUAUCCAGCAUCUGGGAGUUUGCUGCUUUGUGGCUUUCCUCUCAGUGAGCCUCCUGUCAGCAGCCUGCUACUGGGUCCUCCCAUCAAUCGCCUCAAUCGCCGUGCUCUCUACCGUCUGGACGAUCCUCUGUGUUUUCCUGUGCUGUUCUAAGCAUGCGCGGUGUUUCAUUCUUCUGGCCUUUCUGUCCUGCGGCCUCCGUGAAGGCAGAAACGCCUUGAUUGCGGCAGGCACGGGGGUAGUGAUCUUCGGACACGUGGAAAAUACGUUUCAUAACUUCAGAGGUCUCCUGGACAGCAUGACUUGCAACCUCAGGGCGAAGAGCUUUGCAAUACAUUUUCCACUUUUAACACGGUAUAGUGAAGCCCUUCGGUGGAUUUAUGGCCUCGCCACUCCGCUGAAUCUGUUUGAUGACCUCGUUUCUUGGAACCAGACUCUAGUGGUCUCCCUUUUUAGUCCCAGCCGUACCCUGGAGGCUCAUAUCAAUGACACUAAAGGAGAAGUCCUGGGUGCCCUGUCCCAUAUGGUAGUCACGACAGAGCUUCUGUCUUCCUUGGGCCAGAAGCUUCUUGCCCUCACUGGGCUUCUGCUCAUUCUAGUCAGCACUGGCCUCUUCAUGAAGCGAUUCCUGGGCCCUUGUGGCUGGAAGUACGAGAACGUCUAUAUCACCAGACAAUUUGUUCAGUUUGACGAAAAGGAGAGGAACCAACAGCGGCCCUGUGUCCUCCCUCUGAACAAGAAGGAAAGGAAGAACUACAUCAUCAUCCCGUCUCUGCAGCUGACUCCCAAAGACAGGAAAAAACUGGGGCUGUUUUUCCUUCCCAUCCUGACCCAUCUCUACAUGUGGGUGCUGUUCGCAGCUGUGGAUUAUCUGCUGUACCGACUCAUUUCCUCCGUGAGCAAGCAGUUCCAAAGCUUGCCAGGGCUUGAAGUUCACUUGAAACUGCAUGGAGAGAGGCAAGGAACUCAAGACAUCAUCCAUGACUCUUCCUUUAAUAUAUCUAUGUUUGAAGCCAGCUGCCUCCCUAAACCACGGCUCAGCGUGUCUGAGACUUGGGUUCCUCUCAGCAUUAUUCUUGUAACACUAAUAGUCCUAGGACUGUUGUCUUCCAUGCUGAUGCAGCUUAAAAUUCUGGUGUCAGGAUCCUUCUACCCUGGAGUGGAGAGGGAGCGAAUCCAAUACCUCCAUGCAAAGCUCCUUAAGAGAAGAUCAAAGCAGCCACUGGGAGAAGCUGAAAGGAAACUGAGUCUGUACUUUAAGAAGAUUCAUUUCUGGCUUCCCAUCUUGACAAUGAUUAGGAAGAAACAUAUGAACCCUUCAGAUGAAGAUGACCCAUGA